AUGGAAGAUUUGUACGAAAAUCAAAUUUUUGCUGUUGGUACAUGUAGAGUAAAUAGAAAAGAUCUUCCGGAAAUUUUUAAAAAGUCUCAACUAAAACAUUUAAGACUUGAAAGGAACCAAUUUGCAGCUGUAACUGCUAAACCAAUUACAGCAAUCAAGUGGCUUGAUACAAGGGAUGUUAAUAUUCUUACAACAGCUCACCAUCCAACUGACACAGUAUUUGUAAAGAGAACUCAGAAAGAUGGUACUAAAAAAAAGUUCUCAUCCCCACAGCUAUCGCUCAGUAUACGCUCACCAUGGGAGGCGUCGAUCACUUUGAUCAUUUCAGAUCAUCAUAUCCGAUCAAUAGAAAAUGCAGGAAAUUUUGGAUGA